CCCAUUCUACCUACCCUGCUUCUCUUUCUCUCUAUAAAUAUAUAUAAAUGGACUUCACAAUUCAAAAACCUCAAUAUCUUCUAAGUGUAAAAUGGCAAUCACAAAAGCUUCACACGCCAUUUUAGUCCUCUUGCUCGGCCUAGUUUCUAUCGGGGCCGCAGCAGUCGAGUCGUUUGACUACGGGGCUGCCCUCGAUAAAACCUUGUUGUUCUUCGAGGCACAAAGAUCCGGUAAAUUACCUUCAAACCAACGUGUGAAAUGGCGAAGUAAUUCGGGCCUUGGCGACGGCUAUCCUCAAGGGGUAAAUUUGGUUGGAGGAUACUAUGAUGCCGGAGACCAUGUAAAAUUUGGUCUUCCAAUGGCGUUUAGUGUGACAAUGUUGUCAUGGGCAGCUGUCGAUUUUAAGGAAGACUUUAUGAAAUUAAAUCAAAUGGGACACAUUUUGGAGGCAAUCAAAUGGGGCACUGAUUAUUUCAUCAAAUGCCAUCCUCAACAAAAUGUGCUAUGGGGGCAGGUCGGAGAUGGAGUGUCGGAUCACUAUUGUUGGCAACGAGCGGAGGACAUGACGACGUCCCGAACAGCGUACAAGCUGGAUAUCGAGCAUCCCGGGUCAGACCUUGCUGGAGAAACUGCGGCCGCCUUGGCUGCUGCCUCUCUAGCUUUCAAGCCUUUUGAUUCUGCGUAUUCUAGUAUUCUUUUAGUGCAUGCAAAACAGAUUUUCUCAUUUGCAGACAGAUUCAGAGGCUUGUUUACUGAUUCAAUUGGGAACUCCAAGCAAUUCUACACAUCAUCUGGUUACUAUGAUGAACUAUUAUGGGGUGCAACAUGGCUACACAGAGCUACAAACGAUGAAUAUUACUUGAAAUAUGCUGUGGACAACUGCGUUGCCUUCGGUGGAUCCGGCUGGGCCGUCAAAGAAUUCUCUUGGGACAACAAGUAUGCCGGAGUUCAAAUCCUCCUCACAAAAUUGUUGCUGGAAGGACGAGCUGGAAAGUACGCCUCUACGUUGCAGCAGUAUCAGGCAAAAGCUGACUACUUCACUUGCGCGUGUAUGCAGAAGAAUGAUGGAUACAAUGUGAAGAUGACUCCUGGUGGCCUAAUCUAUCUACGUGAGUGGAACAACUUGCAGUACCCUGCCUCUGCUGCUUUCCUCCUCACUGUCUACUCUGAUUAUCUCUCCAAGGCCAAGAUAUCUGUGCAGUGCCCAGAUGGCCUAAUCCAGCCUCAACAAAUCCUCAACUUUGCCAAAUCACAAGCAGACUACAUUCUUGGCAAGAAUCCCAAGUCAUUGAGCUACUUGGUGGGCUAUGGCAAGAGGUAUCCUCUCCAUGUCCACCACAGGGGCGCCUCUAUCGCCCCUGUCUCUCUCCUUCACUCUGCUAUUGGAUGUGUUGAGGGGUUUGAGACUUGGUACAAACGGCAUGACGCCAAUCCCAAUGUCAUACAUGGAGCCCUUGUCGGAGGCCCUAACGCCAACGAUGAGUUCACAGAUGACAGAUCUGCUUAUGAGCAGACUGAGCCUACAUUGUCUGGAACUGCCCCUCUUGUUGGUGUUUUCUCAAGAUUGCACACACUGUUUUCAGGCCAACAAAUGGAGAAGUCAAAACAGCCUAAGCCUUCCAGUCCAUACCACAAACCACAAGUUCCAUCUCAACUCUAUGCACCAGCUCCCCAUUCCAAAGCAGCUGUCCCAGUUGAGUUUAUUCACUCCAUAACAAACUCAUGGACAGUUGGAGGGGAGAAAUUCUACCGUCACGAAGUGGUGGUGAAGAACAUCUCUCAAAAGCCUAUUGGGAAGCUGAAGCUGCAGUUUGAUGGGCUGACAGGAUCACUGUGGGGGCUGACUCCAACACAGGCAAAGAAUACUUAUGAGCUUCCUCAAUGGAUUCAAACACUAAAGCCUAAUUCUGAAUUCAGUUUUGUGUACAUUCAAGCUGGUGCUCAAGCUGAGAUUUUGGUUCAAAGCUAUCAUUGAUCAGUCAGGAAAAGAAUAGGAUUUUCUCGGGGGAUUUGAUGGUUUUAGAAUGGAAAGUGGCUGCGGCUGUUACUGCAGUUUCAACAUUUUCUGCAAUGGAAAUUGUAGGAUACAUGUACUAUUAGAUUUUCUUUUCCCUUUUAUGUCUCAAUCAUGUAAUAGUUUUCCAAUUACAUGUAUUGUUAGCUUGUUUGGUUGAGAAAAAUUUUAUUCAGAAAG